CGCAGGACGGGAACAUCUGGAGCGGCGCUCCUCAGCUCUUUCUCCGCGGUUAGACGCGUCCCGUGCCCCUGGAAGACAUGGAUGACGCCGACUUCCCAGGGUGUCUGGUGCUUCCAGAAGCGACCGUGGAAGACCUGCCUGAUCCUAUCAUGAUCCAAAUUCUGGCCUCAGUGCCUGCUACUGAGCUGGUGCUUAUAUGUCGCCUGGUGUGCCUGCAAUGGAAAGAGCUGGUGGAUGGCGCUUCACUUUGGGUCCUCAAGUGCCAGCAGGAAGGGCUGGCAGGGGAGGACCAGAUUGAGGAGGAUCGGGAAAACUGGCAGAUGUUCUACUUUCUCAGUAAGAGGAAGAGGAAUCUGCUCAAGAACAUUUUUGGAGAAGACGAGUUCGAGUCCUGGGGAGAUAUCGAGCACGGUGGAGAUGGCUGGAAGGUGGAAGAGAUUCCUGGGGACUGUGGCUCUGAAUUUACAGAGGAUGAGAAUGUCAAGAAAUGCUUCGUCACUUCUUUUGGGUGGUGCCGCAAAGCCCAGGUGGUUGACUUACGGGCUGAGGGGUACUGGGAGGAACUUCUGGACACCACUCAGCCCUCUAUCGUGGUGAAAGACUGGUACUCGAGCAGGAGCGAUGCCGGCUGCCUGUACGAGCUGUGCGUGAAACUGCUCUCGGAGAACGAGGAUGUCCUGGUCGAAUAUAAGAGUGACACUAUGGCUCUGCCCCAAGGGAGUGUCGAAGGCUGGAAAGAGAUCUCUCACACCUUCACAAACUAUGGGCCAGGAGUUCGAUUUGUCCGCUUUGAGCAUGGAGGCCAGGACACAGUCUACUGGAAGGGUUGGUUUGGUGUCCGGGUGACCAACAGCAGCGUGAUGGUGGAACCCUAACAUGACCUGGACCCUCCUCCCGAGGGGCUAGGAGCUGUCUCAGCUGUGGGUGCUGCUCUGUAGGCUGGAGAAGGGCUCACUUCUAGAGUUGUCUCCCUUCCCUGGGCCCUUGACUUGGGGAAACCUGGGAGGUCCUGGAAGCUAGGCUUUGUGUCUUUAUACUAUGCACUCUCUAAUUUGUGUCUUUCUUCCUUGGGUGUCCCUCCUGUCCUCCUUACACCCUGUUCCCAUAGGAACUCCUAAAAGGCCGGGGAAGAGGGCUCAGUAUCAUAUACCUGUGUAUUAUUUGCAUGUCUGCCCAACUGGUUUCUGUUCUGGUCAAAGUUUUCUAGUAUGAAUUAGAUCAGGAUACCUGGGGGGGAAAAAAAAAAAGGAGAGGGAUUUAUUGGGUCCUGACCCUUCCAGUUUCUAGCACUGGAAUUAGUCCAAGUUCUGUUGUGCCUUGGGCCUCAUGUGAGGUCUGGGAACCAGGGCCAGGCUCAGUAGCCACAGCCUAGUUUGGUCAGAGAACAAGGCCUGGGAUUGUGAAGGCUGGAGAAGAUAAGGAGAGAGAGAAUCAGAGAUCAGGGAGCCGGGAGCCUACCUGAUACUUGAGCAUUCCUGUGGUAGGAACCAGAGAAAGCAAGGGAAGUCUUUGUCUGGCCCAACCCAUUCCUUCAGCCUUGAAAUGCCCCAGGGGGAGAAGGCACGUGGUCUAGCUCCCACCUGUGCAUAAAAUGGGGCUGAACCACCUGCGCACCUGUCCCCUGGCUCUCUUUAUACACUGAGCUCCCUUUCACUCUGAAGAUGCACCUUUGAGCAUGGUGGGGAGGCGGGGCUACUCCCUGUUUAGAAAUGUGGGUUGCUAACUUCCCUUGCUUCACUGACCAAGCCUCCUCCCUCCCAAAGGAUGGUCUUAACCUUUUUAAUAGCCAAUGCUAGUUUCUUUCUUCCGUGGAAUUGGGGGGCAGCCACCUGGCUUUUCUGCCACCCACGUAGGCUGAGGCUGAGGGGACCUGGAAUGGGCCGAGUUGGUGCUUCUGGAGGGAGGACAACUAAUAAAACCAUUGUGUCUGCUGCCA